AUGCCUCCCGUUCCUGCGCAACAUGGUGGUGCCAUGGGCCCUGGAAUCGCCGACAAGAUGAAGAUGGGUGCCCUCAUGGGUGGAACUGUUGGAUCCGUCAUGGGCUUCGUUUUCGGCUCCGUUAACAUCAUGCGCUACGGUGCCGGCCCCAACGGCAUCAUGAGAACCCUGGGACAAUACAUGCUUGGUUCAGGAGCAACUUUCGGCUUCUUCAUGUCCAUCGGUAGUGUCAUCCGUUCCGAUGCUUCUCCCAUUGCCGAGGAGGCUUUCCGAAGGGCCAACCGAAGACCCAUCAUUAUGUACGGCCCCGGCUCCGAUUACGCGAAGCGCCAGCAAUAA